UGUAAUGUUAUGUUGGAAACUUUGAAGCAGGGCGGAUUGACGUAUGCGCCUCUACCAGCGUCAAAAGUUGGGCGGGCGGCACAGUCCGCUUGUUGAUACCGAUCUAGUAACUCGUUCCUUUCGUGUUGUCCAGUAAAGUUCUGUGACCUUAAAAUGGCUCCUAGGAACAAGGAUCAGGAGCAAGAAGUUCUCAACUGGAUCUCGGCUGUGCUUGGAGAACCCUUGCCAAAUGGCGCGUACGAGGACGUCCUUAGGGAUGGUAUUGUCCUGUGCAAGCUAGCGAAUAAACUAUCCCCGGGAUCGGUUAAGAAAAUCCAGGAAAAGGGCACAAACUUCCAGCUAAUGGAAAAUAUCCAAAGGUUCCAAGCUGCGAUUAAAAAGUACGGAGUACCUGAGGAAGAAAUUUUUCAAACAGCUGAUUUGUUUGAGAGGCGUAACAUUCCGCAAGUCACAUUAUGCCUUUACGCAUUGGGCAGGAUUACACAAAAGCAUCCAGAAUUCACCGGUCCCCAACUGGGGCCAAAGAUGGCCGAUAAGAAUGAGCGCUCAUUCACAGAAGAACAACUAAGAGCCCAUAACGCAGAAUUGAACCUUCAAAUGGGUUUCAACAAAGGUGCUUCUCAAGCUGGUUGUGGUUCAUUUGGUAAUACUCGUCAUAUGUAAAUAUGUACCAAGUCUAUUUUAAAAUUAUCAGUAUUUUUUACAAUGUUGCUAUUCUGUUGGUAUAGGGACAGCAACUAAGUUUGGACGUUAAAUUAUAAAAUAUUGUUUAAGAAUGAACUAAAGCUUCUAGUUUUGUUAUCUGUAUUUGUUGAGGAAUAAAUUUUACUAUAUUGUUUUUACAUGAUUAAAAAUGGAAUAUUUACAAUUAAAAAUCUAACAUGUACCUAACUAAGACUUUAAUAGUUUUUUGUAAAUAUUUUUUUACUUUAUUUAAAUAAAAUCUUUUUCUAAA